GUUCGGUCUGGUCUGGUCUAGAUAGACUACACUCAACGAAAAAUGAACAAUUUGUUUCGUCAACCACACAAAAAAUUGAACCAAUAACCAAGAAAAAUAAUUGUUAUUUGCCUUAAAACAUUAAUCCUAACAUUAAUUAAUAAUUUUGGUACCCUAAUUCUUAGUACAUAACAAAGAUUUAAAGUAAAAACAUCUCAACUUGCACUAUAACGUCAUAAAACAUUUACAUAAUGUCAUAUUGAGACAUGAUUAUCUCUACUCUCUGGUUAAAUGUGGUUGUGAAUGAAGGAGAGACGAUAUUCACAAAAUUAAGGUUGAGACUUGGGUGUGGUUGUGGGAGUUGGGAGAGUGGUCAAAUGGGCUGUUAACACGUAUUGACAAGUCGGUUGGGUCCACGGUUUGGUCCGGUGAACCGCGGUCUAGACCAGACCAAGAGAUCAAAACAUAAAAUAAUACAGACCAUGGACCAGACCAGACCAUACUUAACGGUCUACGGUCCGGACCAAACUGUACAGUACGGUUUGGACCACGGUUUUUCUAACGCUCUGGUCUGUUUUCCCAGCCCUACAGUCAACUUUGUAGGUUGAAGGUGCAAAAGAACCAUCGACCUUAAAACGAGAUCAUACCAAAAAAAUAUAAAUGUCAUUCAUCGAGUAAUGCAUUCGACGAUGCCAUUUUUAAAAUGAAAUGGCAGUCGACAACAAUUUUCAUCGAAUUGGAACAGUUAGAUAAGACAACCGAUGAGUCUUCUGCGCUAAAAUCCAGUAAAGUAUGCGUAUAAUUCAAUGGUGCACAUGUUUGUUAACUCUCGUGGAAAUUGGUAAUGGACAAAUUAAGCCUGGGAUAUCCCAACUGAAGUGGUCAGCAAACCAACUUCACUCACCUCCAUCUCCAUGGCGGAUCGGGGUCAGGAGUAGGUAUAGCCGAACUCGUCACUGUAGACGAACAGAUGGCGACAAUGGGUUUCAAUAAAAAAAAUGGCCAUAACUAUUUUGGAAGCAAAUGCCCAGCCCAGCUGUUACACAUUACUGAUUACACUUUAGGCGCCACUGAACUGAUGAUGGAAGAAGCAGUGCAGCAUCCGGCAGCUGAUUCUACAGUAGUCUCGUAUUUCCGUCUUUCUUCCUUUUCAUUACCGACGCGAUGGGGUCUUCCGCCCACCUUCAAAGAAGGUGACGUCUGGAGACUACAGACUGCGAGGAGCAGAAGCAGCAAGUGCGUCUUUUUUUCUGAGUUCAUCUCCUUUUCGUUACAGAUCUCUCUCGUUUCUGCUUGCUUUUCCAGCUUCUUAUCAUUAGAAUCUGCAGUUAAAUCAGUUCCUCUUUCUGGGUUUUAUUCUGUUUGAUUGUUCUGUAAAAGGGUAGGGGAAAGAUGAGUUGUUAGAUUAGGAAAGCCUUCCUCUUUUUGUUUAUGAUAGUUUGUUGAUGGCUUGAUGCCUGACUUUCAAUCUGCAGGUUCAGUUGGGGGAGAAUCGAAUCUCCAUUCCUGAUUUAGUUAGGCAGAGAACCCUAGUUGUGAAACACUUCCAUUAGUCAAAAACAAGUCAAACAAAAGAGUGAGAAAGAUGACGAUAGAGAUGGUCGCCGGCACAAUUUUGGCGGGGAUUUUAGGGUUCUUAGCAUACAUUUACAGCUUCUACAUGUGGAAGCCGCGGCAGCUGAGACGGAAACUGGGGAAUCAAGGAGUGAAGGGACCUUUAGCUUCUUCGAAUCCUCUGCUGGGCAACAUCCCUGAAAUCAACCGGAUUCGUCUCCAGACAGCUAAUUCCAAACCCACCUUUUGUCUUGACGGAACCGCCGCCGGUCGACCGGAAAUCGACCACGAUUGGCCAUCCGUCCUCCUGCCCCACCUCCGGCUAUGGCUAGAGAAAUACGGCUCCACCUUCGUCUACUCCACCGGGACCAUACAGCUACUCUGCACAACAGACGCAGAGAUGGUGAAGGAAAUCAGCCAUUUCACGUCUUUAAGCUUAGGGAGGCCUUCUUACCUCUCGAGAGAUUUCGGGCCUUUGUUCGGCCAAGGAAUCAUCGCCUCCAGCGGUCCUACUUGGUCCCAUCAGCGCAAGAUCAUUGCUCCCCAGUUCUACACUGACAAGGUUAAGAGCAUGGUGAGCCUUAUGGUGGAGUCCACCAACUUGGUGAUGGCAUCUUGGGGAGCUGCGAUUGAUCGUUGCGAGGGAGGGGUUGCAGAUGUGAAUAUAGACAAGGACAUGAGAAGCUUGUCCGCGGAUGUGAUCUCGAGAGCCUGCUUCGGGAGCAAUUACAAGGAAGGGGAGCAUAUCUUCUCUAAGGUUAGAGAGCUUCAGAUCGUCCUGGCCAAAGGCCACGCUGGAAUCCCCAUCUUAAGACACUUGCCAACCAGCAAGAACAGAAAAAUAUGGAAAUUGGAGAGGGAGAUCAACACCGUGAUCUUGGAUGUAGUCAAGCAGAGGGCAGCUGCUCUCGAUUCCGAGAGAGACCUUCUCCAAAUGAUACUCGAAGGUGCUAAAGAUGCCAGCAGCAGUACUAGUUCAAAUGUUGUUACUUCUCUGGACAAGUUCAUCGUCGAUAACUGCAAAGCAAUCUACUUUGCCGGCCAGGACACCACCGCCACUAGCGCGUCCUGGACCUUAAUGUUGCUGGCAGCUCAUCCCGAGUGGCAAUCUAGAGCUCGCCAGGAGGCCCAGCAGCUCUGUAAAGACAAGAUUCCGGACCUUCCUGCUCUCCAAAACAUGAAAACACUGACAAUGGUGAUCCAAGAGACACUGCGGCUCUACCCGCCUGCUGUGUUUGUGGUGAGGGAAGCUUUGGAAGACAUCAAGUUCAAGAACAUAACGAUUCCGAAAGGAAUGAACGUUCAAGUUCCCAUAUCGAUUGUGCAGCAGGAUCCCGAGCUAUGGGGGCCGGAUGCACACCUCUUCAACCCUGAAAGGUUUGCUGGUGGAAUACUUGGUGCUACUACCAGUACCAGUGGCGGCUCUCAGGCUGCGUACAUUCCGUUUGGAGUCGGUCCUCGUGUCUGCGUCGGCCAGCACUUCGCCAUGAUGGAGCUCAAAGUGAUUCUGUCUCUGAUUCUGCUCAAUUUCAGGUUCUCGAUUUCGCCUUCGUACGUCCACUCCCCAGGAUUUGCGUUGGUUGUGCAACCGGCGAAUGGAGUUAGGCUCCUCAUAGAGCGCGAAAACUGACUCAUGGUUGAUGGCGUCGGCUUGCUAGCUUGCUCGUACAUCUAAAGAAUAUUAUAAGUGAUUUCCCGUAAACAGCCUCUCCAAUUCAAAUUUCCGUUCACCACAUGCUUCCACGUCAGCGACCCCUUUAUCCAAUAGCAGACCGCCACAUGUUAAUUUUUUUGUAAGAGGUUUGGAAACCGAAUCCCUCGGCAAUUUUCGGGGAUAUGUUUUUUUUUUCUUUUUUUUUUCUUUUAUAUGCGGGAAGGGAAUAACACAUGUGCUUUUCC